AUGAGCAAUAGUACAAAAUCAAACGAUAUUACUGUUGAUAUCAAUGCUAAACAAAAUGAUAUAACUAAAACAAACGGCCAAUCAGCGGAGAAAGAAAUGAACACUGUCUCCCAAUCAAUUGUAUUUCGUGCUAUGGUUCUUUUUCAAGUUCUAGCUUAUGGUUCUUAUUCAGUCUUAGUACAUCUAUGUGAACGCAAUGGAGCGAUUAUGUUUUCUUCUACAACUAUGAAUUUAAUUCUCGAAAUCAUUAAACUUGCCUUUUCAAUAUUCGUUCUUUUCAUCGAUUCGACAAAAUCUUCAAUAGAUCUUUUCAAUUAUAAAUCUUGGUUGCGUCCAUCAUUGCCAUAUGCUAUUCCCGGUAUUCUCUAUUUCAUUAAUAAUAAUCUUGCUGUUCAUAUACAGCUUCAAAUGGAUCCGGCUUCGUAUCAAAUUUUAUCAAAUUUUAAAAUCGUUACCACCGCUAUUCUCUAUCGAAUCAUCAUCAAACAGAAACUAACCAGAAAACAAUGGUUUGCUAUUUCACUUCUAUUCUUCAGUGGCUUAUUCUAUAGUUUAGGAGCAAUUAGUGGUCCAACAAAGAACAAUAUAACACAAAAACGACGAAUGUAUAUUCAUCCAUUAGGUUUACCAAUGGUCUUUGCCUAUUGUACAUUUAGCGGCCUGGCAGGAGUCUACAAUGAAUGGAUCCUUAAAAAACAUUAUUCCGAGUCACUUCAUGUGCAAAAUAUCUAUCUAUAUACAUAUGGAACUUUGUUAAAUCUUAUUCCGUCUGUUGGAAUACCAUUACUCAAAUCGCAAUCACUUUCUCAACUGAAUAUAUUCAAAGGAUUUUCAAUAUAUACCUGGUUGAUUAUUAUCACUCAAGCUUUAAAUGGCUUAUUUAUGUCAGUUGUGAUUAAACAUACAUCGAAUAUUAUUCGUUUAUUCGUUAUCUCCUUCUCAUUAGUGGUUACAGCUGUUCUGUCAGUUUUAGUCUUUGGUUUAACAUUGAACAUCUACUUUUUCUCCUCAUUUGUGGCUAUGACAUGUGCUCUCUAUCUUUACUAUUCCAAGUAA